CCAAGACUACCCAAGUCUCUCUCUGUCUCUCUCUCGCAGUGUUGUUUGGCAGAAGAGAACGAGAAACAGAAAGAGAAAGAGAAAAAAGAAAGGAAAUUUCAAAUGGCAGUUGGGAAGGAAGAGGUCGAAGAAAUAGUGAAAGCCCGUACGGACAAGAGGGAGUACAGGAGGAUCGUCCUCCCAAACUCCCUUGAAGUCCUCCUCAUCAGCGAUCCUGAUACUGACAAGUGUGCUGCUUCCAUGGAUGUCAGUGUUGGUGCUUUCAGCGACCCUGAUGACCUAGAGGGCCUUGCCCAUUUCCUUGAGCAUAUGCUGUUUUAUGCUAGUGAAAAGUACCCUUUGGAGGAUAGUUACUCAAAGUACAUCACCGAGCAUGGAGGAAGAACAAAUGCUUAUACAUCAUCUGAGCACACCAACUAUCAUUUUGACAUUAAUGCUGAUGCCUUUGAAGAGGCUUUGGACAGAUUUGCUCAGUUCUUUAUUAACCCAUUGAUGUCAGCUGAUGCUACAAUGAGGGAAAUUAAAGCUGUUGAUUCUGAGAAUCAGAAAAACCUGUUGUCUGAUGGCUGGAGGAUGAACCAGCUUCAGAAACAUCUAAGUGCGGUGGACCAUCCGUACCAUAAAUUUAGUACAGGGAAUUGGGAUACUUUGGAGGUUCGACCGAAAGCGAAAGGACUGGAUACCAGAAGUGAGCUUAUUAAAUUCUAUGCAGAAUAUUAUUCUGCUAACGUCAUGCAUCUUGUCAUAUAUGGAAAAGAAAACCUUGAUAAAAUUCAAGGCCUUGUAGAGGACAAGUUUAAAGAAAUUAGAAACAUUGACCGCAACUGCCCUCGUUUUGCUGGUGAGCCUUGCACAUCAGAACAUUUACAGAUUCUUGUCAGAGCUGUCCCAAUCAAAGAGGGUCAUGCGCUGAGAGUUGCGUGGCCAAUAACUCCAGAAAUUCACCACUACAAGGAAGGGCCAUGUAGGUAUCUUAGUCAUCUCAUUGGCCACGAAGGAGAAGGAUCUUUGUAUUACAUCUUGAAAACUUUGGGAUGGGCAACAGGUUUGUCUGCUGGUGAAGGACAGUCGACUUUUGACUUUUCUUUCUUUAGAGUAGAUAUUGAUCUCACUGACGCGGGUCAUGAGCACAUGCAAGACAUCAUAGGCUUGCUUUUCAAAUACAUUUCCCUCUUACAGCAGUCGGGCAUCUGCGAAUGGAUUUUCGAUGAGCUUUCUGCUGUUUGCGAGACAAAGUUUCAUUAUCAGGACAAAAUUCAGCCAAUUAGUUAUGUGGUCAGCAUUUCGCCAAAUAUGCAGAAAUAUCCCCCAAAAGAUUGGCUAGUGAGAUCAUCCUUGCCUUCUAACUUCAGUACAGAAAUUAUCCAAAUGGUGCUUGACAAGUUGUCUCCAAACAAUGUCAGAAUUUUCUGGGAGUCGAAGAAAUUUGAAGGUCAAACUAACAUGGUUGAGCCAUGGUAUGGAACUGCUUAUUCCAUCGAGAAAAUUACGGGCUCCAUGAUACAGGAAUGGAUAGUAUCUUCGCCAAAUGAGAAUCUGCACCUACCAGGACGUAAUUCAUUCAUCCCCACCGACUUGUCACUUAAGAACGAUCAUGAAAAGGCCAAAUAUCCAGUUCUUUUAAGAAAGUCGCCAUAUUCAACACUAUGGCACAAGCCUGAUACAAUGUUCUUUACUCCUAAAGCUUAUGUUAAGAUUGUUUUCACUUGUCCCCACGCAAGUGGCUCCCCUGAAGCAGAAGUGUUAACUAAUAUCUUUACUCAGUUGUUGAUGGAUUACUUGAAUGAAAUUGCUUACUAUGCUCAGGUUGCUGGACUGAAUUAUGGAAUAAGCCACACAGAUAGUGGAUUUCAGGUGAUUCUGGCUGGCUAUAAUCACAAAUUAAGGAUUUUACUGGAAAAUGUAGUUGAAAAGAUCGCAAGCUUUGAAGUGAAAGCUGACAGGUUCUCUGUCAUAAAGGAAAAGGUCACAAGGAAGUACCAAAAUUACAAAAUUCGGCAGCCUUAUGAGCAAGCUAUGGACUACUGCUCAUUAAUUCUAAAGGAUCAUACUUGGCCAUGGAUGGAAGAACUUGAUGUUCUUCCUCAUCUUGAAGUUGAAGAUCUUGCUAAGUUUGUUCCCAUGAUGCUCUCAAGGGCCUUUUUAGAGUGUUACACAGCAGGAAACCUUGAAAGGAAUGAAGCUGAGUCCAUGAUCCAGCAUAUUGAAAAUGUUCUCUUUAAGGGUUCAAACCCUAUUUGCCAACCUUUGUUCCCAUCCCAGCAUUUGACGAAUAGAGUUGUGAAGCUUGAAAAGGGCAAGAGCUAUUUCUACCCUGUGGAGGGUCUCAAUCCAAGUGACGAAAAUUCUGCCCUUAUCCACUAUAUUCAGGUACAUCGGGAUGAUUUUAUGCUGAAUGUGAAACUUCAUCUGUUUGCUCUUAUUGCAAAGCAACCUGCCUUCCACCAGCUUAGAUCAGUUGAGCAACUUGGUUACAUCACCGCCCUCUUGCAGAGGAAUGAUUGUGGUAUCCGUGGGGCACUGUUUGUUAUACAAUCUACAGUGAAGGAUCCAGCACAUAUUGAUUUGAGAGCAGAGGAAUUCCUCAAGGCGUUCAAGAGUAAACUUUAUGAGAUGACAAAUGAAGAAUUCAAGAGCAAUGUAAAUGCGUUGAUCGACAUGAAGCUUGAGAAGCACAAGAACUUAAGGGAAGAAGCGGCAUUUUAUUGGAGGGAGAUUUCUGAUGGGACCCUCAAGUUUGACAGGAUAGAAUCUGAGAUUGCAGCACUGAGGCAGCUUACACAACAAGAGCUGAUAGAUUUUUUCAAUGAGCAUAUAAAAGUUGGGGCACCUCAUAAGCGGACAUUAAGUGUACGAGUGUAUGGGAAAUCACAUUCAUCCGAGUAUAAAAUAGACAAAAGUUCACCGGCGCAAGCUUCCUCUGUCAAAAUCGACGAUAUAUUCAGCUUCAGAAGGUCACAACCUCUUUAUGGUUCAUUCAAGGGAAAUCAUGUGAAGUUGUAGAGAAUUCAGAAUAUGAUAUCUGGAUUGCAAAUGGAAUUUCUUGAUUUCAACGUGGACAACUUUGUAGAAGAAUACCAAAGCUUGCAGACAGCAGAUUUGGCAACAAACGGCCCCAAGAAAGUUCAUUGGCAAAGCAGGUCUAUAAGAUCAAAUGUUAUUUUUCACAGGGCACUAUCCUGAAUUCCAUCUGUGCCAUAUAUUGUCCUUGUCAAAACAAUGUUUUAUUUGUGUAUUCUAUUUAGAGCUACCAAUGAAUUAUCAAUAAUCCUAUUACAAGUAGUCGAAUUGAGAACUUCUCUUUUGUAAUCUGUCUAUUGAUGGAAUAAUUCAAAUAAGAGAUUUAGAAUCUGCCUUUGGCUUUGGUUUCAGCUCUGAGGCAUUUGGUUCAA